AGUGACUAGUACAGUUGUUGGAAAAGGACACCGUGGAAGAGGACAGCCGGGACUGUGUAGCCAACCAACAUUUAGCACUCCGAAUUAGCAGAUAAUUUCUUCUCGUAGUACCCGAAAUCGUGCAAAAGUCACGGAGAAAAAUAGGUCUACAUGACUGAUCAAGGGGCGUGGCAAUGGUCGGUGGCAGCAUCACCACUCAUGGCAGACAUAAGAGUGUUCAUUUUAAUGCACUUUCUUGCAGUAGCAGUUGGAUCUGGGGGGAACAAACACCAACCAGUUUUGAAGAAUUUGUUGACACUGAAGAAUCUUCAAAAUGACAGGAAAAUUUUGAUUAUGAAAGGGGAAGGAAGGAGCAUAGAAAUGCCUAACAAGCAACUGCCUCAUAAAUUCGAUAUUCCUUCUGAAUCCGACAAACAUUAUUUUCAGAAUAUGACAAAACUCCCGAUAAACAGAGCAGAAGGAGAUCGCUUCGUCGUCCUCUCGCAACUAAAGAAUCUUACAAUUAGUGGACAAGCUACACGUCUAUCAGCCGGACCAGAGUGUGGAAACUUUUUUCUUCCCUACAACGAUGAAGGAGUUAUUUACUCAAGUGAUGGCAGAACUAGUUUAAACUGCGACAGUUACAUAUUGAGUCCUGAAGGCACAACAAUAACUAUUAAGUGUCCACAUUUCGAUUUAGCUUCUAAAGGAUGCAGGCGGGAAAAUGUCUUUUUCAUUGAUCCCCUAACAAGCUCCAACGUAAAAGGAUGCAAAAGAAAAGGCCCGACAACUCUGACCACUUCAUCCAAUCAACUUUUGAUCCGUCACACCAGGAAAAGGCUGAAAGGAAAUGAAUGCACUGGAGGCUAUAUGUGCUCUGUCAGCGUUGGAAAAGUUCCCACAGUUUUUGGUCAAUGUAGCACGUACAAUAUAGGACAAGCUGAGGGCGCAAUAAUCUAUUCAAAUAACAAUGGAAGAAGAAGAAAUUGCCGCUACAAAGUGAAAGGUCCGGCCGGCGUCAAAAUGAGUAUAUCAUGUCCAGUCUUUGGAUUACAACAGUCUGGUUGUAAGAAAGAGAAGAUAAUCAUAAAGGAUAAUAAAAGUGGAGACAAGCAAUCGUACUGUGCCGGCGACCAGGCACCAGAUUUCUCCAUUGCGACAAACUCAUUGAUCAUCCAACACAUUCGGAAGGACUUGAAGAAAAAAUGCUCAAGUGGAUUCCUAUGUUUUGUUAGUCCCACAGAGGAUUCAGGAACUGGAGGAACUUGCCAGUCAUCGCGCCCUUUCUGUGAUGGAUGUGGAUGUGCCCAAAUUACAAUGCCUCGCAUAGUGAAUGGAGAAGUGGCUACUCCUGGCGAGUAUCCUUGGCAAGCGCUGCUUCGGGUUGGAGGGAGUAUUUGUGGAGGAACACUCAUCAAGAACGAAUGGAUUCUCACGGCUGCUCACUGCUUCGUAGCAACUGGGGCAACGUCAACAACCGUUCUUCUGGGAGCUCACAACCUGAAUAACGUCGGCGGCGAUGUGCAGACCUUCCAGUCCUCCAACAUAAUCGUCCAUCCCAACUACGACGAAAUAAGCCAAGACAAUGAUAUAGCCCUAGUGCACCUGGGAAGAGCUGCAGUUCAGAGCAACAGAGUUAAAACAAUAUGUCUGGGAGAAGUUCAAGAUAUUUCCGAAGGCGAUAAAGUCAUCACAACAGGCUGGGGUGUGCAGCAGUCGGGGAGUCAGGAGGUAUCGGAGUCCCUACGAGAAGUCGCCUUGGACGUGAUUUCAGGAUCAAGGUGUAACUCCCUGUACGCUGGUUCUUACGAUAUAACUGAUAACAUGGUGUGCACACUUACAUCAGGCAAGGAUGCUUGUCAGGGCGACAGCGGAGGUCCAUUAAUCAAACAACUGGACAGCAACACCUGGGUCCAAGUGGGAGUGGUCAGCUUUGGCGAGGGGUGUGCAGCCCCUAAUAAACCAGGAGUGUUUACGAAAGCGGCCAACUACAAAAACUGGAUCAUUCAAAAUACGGGAUCAUCUAGCUGUUAAUGUUAUGUAUCUUCUAAAUGGUGUGGAAGGAAUACAGUUUCAGUUAUCAGGAUCUCAAUAAGAGAAUGACCAUAUAAUGAUGUUAACAUGAUAAUGAUGGCGGGCGGAAUAAAUUUUCAAGGGUAACUCUACUUAUAAUAUUCGAAUUAUAGGAUAGGAACGAUGAUGACUGAUUCUUUACAAAAGUUUAAAAUAAUAAAAAUUUACCCUCCAUUCUUUUUUUUUAAAUCUAUUGAAGAUGAUAUUGCAGUUAGAGUAACCCUUUGUUUAUCGGUUAUUGACGGUCUAAUUCCUGCUAUAUGGAUACCCCAAUUUACUAGUAUAGAUAAAACUUAUGGCCUUUAUACCCAUAUUGACCAAAGACCUUAAACAAAUACCUCAACGCUUUCUUUCUCAAAGAUUACUUCCGUACAUUAACGAGCUGGCGGCUCUCCAACAAUUAAAGAAAACGUGAAUUCUGGCAGAUCACAUAUGAGGCGCGGAAGGGCAACAUGUUAGAAAAAUGACAACGGGAACCUUCCCACUCACUUGGUCUAACCUUUGUUCUUGACAUACUCAUUUCGUUACAG